AUGCACGAUCGCACGCCGCACGCCGCCGCUCCUCGCUGCCCGCCGCUCGAACGCAGCAGCCCAACACCACAGCCGCAAGAUCGGCCGCCGCCCAUCGCGCCGCCACUCCUCAAUCCACCCCAGCGCCCAAAGCGAGCUCCGCGCGAGCUCCAGCUUCCAUCGCGCGCGGCCUCUCGGUCUGCACAGCUGCCCCCUGCGCGACUCAGCCCAGCAGCGGCCAGCAGCUCAGGCGCAGCCCGCAUUCCCCGCUCCACUCCAGCGCAGCCCUCCGCACAGCAGCGCGCCUUCCUUCUCUGCGCCCAAGCCCAACAGCCCAGUAGCCGCAGCAGAACCAGCGAGCAGCAGCUGCAGUCGCGGCCUGCAGAAACCGCGCGCGCAGAUUGCCCCCUUGCACGCGACCUCAAGCCAAGCUCCAGCGCGCCACUGAGCGCGGCCUCUGUGCAGUCUAGCAGCGCCGCACGCCACAUCGCGCGCCCAUCAGCAGCCUGCCGCACGCCAAGCCAGCCUCCUGCAGCCCGCGCGCGCGAACCAGCUGAGCCAGCAGCACAGACCACCUCUGCUCCAUACUUCACCAAACCCACUGCCUACUCCAAACCUCCGGUGAUUUCUUUUUAA